UACAUAAGACGCGCAAGGAACAUGCGUGAAAUGGUCCAUAGAACUUUGAAAAGUUUUUAUUUAGAUUAGAAAAAAAGAGUUGUAGCAAUAUGACUGCAACUUGGAAGAGGAUGCUCAGGCCGUUGCUUCCGCAUGCACAUUAAAUGGAACGCCGGAAAGCUCACGUGUAGGUCAAGGCGAAAAUGUUCAGGUGAUUAAUGUCGCAUACAGUGAUCUUGGGACACCUUCGAUAGCAGUGAGCAGGAUGGUAUGGGCGAAUACGUACCGAUUGGGCUGUGAGAUUGGUGAUUGUGGCUCAAACACAUUGGUUGUGUGUCGCUAUAGUCCAAAAGGGAACAAUAUCGGCGAGACUGUCUACAACCCCGGAGCUACAGCUUCGGCGUGUGCUUUGCCCUCAUCAGGAUAUCCUGGUACUUUGUGCGGAUAA